UGUUGAGUCGUAAUGCCGGAUUUUGCAAUGGUGUUGUAGACAAAAAAAUGUGUUAAAGAUAAUAUUUAAAGAUUUUAUAAAUGUGGACCAUUUUGUCCAACGGUUUUAAACGUAAUCACAUUGUUUUAAUGUCUUCUGGCUCGCUCGUAAAUAAUUGCGUAUGCCAGAACGACUUAACCUCAGCAAAAACAUGUUUUCUUACCGGGAUUUAAGUAAAACAGAUUACAUUAGUUUAAAUAUCUACGAUAGUGCGGCUUUCACGCGGGGAACUUCCCGUAGCCUUUGGAGGCAAUGGAAACAAUUAUCAAGGUUUCAAAGAAAUAUUUUUUACUUUGCUAUUAUAACUGUUAUAUUAGUGAUAUUUUAUCUUUUGCCCGGUGAAACCAAAAAUGCUCUUCUACAGAAUAACAGCGACUAUAAUAGCGUCGAUGUUGUUCAAGAAACAGUUAAAUACGAAAAGGUGCCAGAGGAUAUUGUUGUAGAUAAUGUUAAUCAACCUGCAGCUGGCGGUGGUCAUGGUGGUGAUCAUGGUGGUGAUCAUGGUGGCGAUCAUGGUGGCGAUGUAAUCGAAGAGCCAGAAUUUCAACCAGAGAUCAAUCAAGUUGACGAUGAUCAAAUUGGUGAACCACCACAGCCGAAACCAAUUGCGCUUAAAUUUGAAGGACCACAAAAUAGUAGACAAAGAGCAGUCGUUGCAGCAUUUAAACAUUCAUGGAACGGAUAUAAACAAUAUGCUUGGGGUCACGACAAUAUUAAACCAAUAUCAAAAAAAUAUCAUGAAUGGUUUGGUUUAGGACUUACUAUUGUGGAUUCCUUAGACACUUUAUAUAUGAUGGGUUUGAACGAUGAGUUUGCAGAAGCCAAAUCGUGGGUCGAAAAUAAUUUAGUCUUCACUAUGAAUCGCGACGUUAAUCUGUUUGAAGUGACGAUAAGAGUAUUAGGAGGAUUGUUAGCUGCAUAUCAUCUUAGCGGAGAAAAAAUAUUUUUAAAUAAAGCGAUCGAUGUGGGAGAUCGUAUGAUGCCGGCUUUUUCUACCAGAUCUGGUGUCCCAUAUUCUGAUGUCAAUUUAGGAACUAGAGCAGCACAUAGUCCUAAAUGGGGGCCUGAUAGCAGUACCAGCGAAGUAACUUCUAUUCAAUUAGAAUUUCGUGAUUUAAGUCGUAGUUCAGGCCAACCUAAAUUCGAGGCAGCUGCUGCAAGAGUCUCAGAACACGUACAUCAAUUAAACAAACAUGAUGGUUUAGUUCCAAUUUUUAUCAAUGCGAACAAUGGACAAUUUAGAGAAUACGCGACAAUUACCUUAGGAGCUAGAGGUGACAGCUAUUACGAAUAUUUAUUGAAACAAUGGAUACAAACUGGGAAGACCAUAGACUAUUUACGAGAUGACUAUUUAUCGGGCAUUUCUGGAACUAAGAAACAUCUAGUCAAAUAUACAGCUAUUAAUAAGUAUCUUUUUAUAGCGGAAUUGGUUGGUAUGCAUAAAGAUACAAGACCAAAGAUGGACCAUCUUACAUGUUACUUAGGAGGUACAUUAGCCUUAGGAGUCCAUCAUGGGUUGCCACAAGAUCAUAUGGCUUUUGCAAAUGACAUUGUCAAAACUUGUUAUCAAACAUAUGCGAUACAACCAACUUUCCUUGCACCUGAAAUAACUUAUUUUAACAUUCAGAAAGUAGAAGGAGAUAAUCAAAUGGACAUGUAUGUGAAAACGAAUGAUGCACACAAUCUUUUACGACCUGAAUUUCUAGAAAGUCUUUUUUAUAUGUGGUAUUUCACGGGAAAUAAAACUUAUCAGGAUUGGGGCUGGCAAAUAUUUCAAGCGUUUGAAAAUUAUACUAAAGUGGAAAACGGAUACACAAGUAUUGGAAAUGUCCGAAGUAUUAAUAAUAUACGACCACAAGAUAUGACUGAAAGUUUUUGGUUUGCAGAAACUUUGAAAUAUUUAUAUUUGUUAUUCGAUGAUACCAGACAAAUAAUAGAUUUAAACAAAUGGGUAUUUAAUUCCGAAGGACAUCCGUUGCCUAUAUACGAAUCAUAAUAUAUAAUAUAUAAAAAAAAAUUUUUAUUCAACAAAUUCGAAGCUAUGCGUUUAAUUAGCUCAAUUAUUUGCACCGAUCUAUUAAUCAUUAUUGACAAAAUUGCACCUGUCAUCCAAUCACAACUGUGUAUUGGAUAAGAAAGAUUGUUGAAACAAAUCUUUCAAUUGUCUAAACAAAAUUUGUACAAAAAAAUAUAUCCAAUCAAUAGUAAUAGCGUGUAUAUGUAAAGCAUACGUUUACAAAUUUUAUUAUUCUAAGUAUUUCGUACUGUUGUGAUUUUAUGAAAAAUCAUAUCAUUGUUUAUACACAAUUGUCUUUAAUUUGAGUAGUGCCUAUUUAUAAAUCAUCGUCGAAAAGGAUGAAAAUUGAAAACAAUUUUGUAAAUACUUUUACUCGCUACACCAUAAAUCAAUGUAUAAUUCAUAAAAAGGUAUAAAAGCAAAAGAAAAUUUCUUCUUUACUGAAAUUAACGCAUCAAUUAUCAUGCAAUUGUAAUUAAAGUUACUUAUAAAUAGAGGUACUAUUCACCUA